UAACAACAUUUUAUAGAACAAACAUCUCGGUCCUCUUCUUCACCUUGUCUUUAAUACCAUCACCAGCACAAUUCCCUCAAAGGAUAAGGUGAAGAUGAGUGACCUCCAAGAAAAACAAAAUGCUGUGGAUAAGUCGUCUUCUUCAUCGUCGACGGCAGUUGUUGAUGGGCCAUCACCACUCAGAAAGAUGAUAUCCGUAGCUUCUAUCGCUGCUGGUAUACAGUUUGGUUGGGCUCUUCAGUUGUCUCUGCUAACUCCGUACGUGCAGCUUCUCGGGGUUCCACACAAAUGGUCAUCUCUCAUCUGGCUAUGUGGUCCUAUCUCCGGCUUACUUGUCCAACCAACCGUCGGUUACUACAGCGAUCGAUGUCAGUCAAGAUUCGGUCGUCGUCGUCCUUUCAUCGCCGCUGGCGCCUUUCUAGUGGCCGUUGCUGUUUUCUUAAUCGGUUACGCGGCUGAUUUUGGCCACAGCUUGGGAGACAAAGUCGAGGAGCGUGUAAAGUCAAAAGCCGUCGUUAUCUUCGCACUCGGGUUCUGGAUCCUGGACGUGGCUAACAACACUCUCCAAGGACCUUGCCGUGCUUUCCUCGGUGAUUUAGCAGCUGGAGACGCUAGGAAAACGCGAACCGCAAACGCGGCUUUCUCUUUCUUCAUGGCUGUUGGAAACGUUUUGGGGUACGCGGCUGGUUCAUACAGUCACCUCCACAAGAUCUUUCCUUUCACAAUGACUAAAUCAUGUGACAUCUAUUGCGCAAAUCUAAAGAGUUGUUUCUUCCUCUCUAUCACUCUCCUCCUCGUCGUCACCAUCAUAUCUCUUUGGUACGUCGAAGACAAACCAUGGUCACCAAAGGCAGACUCCAACGAAGAGAAGAAAACUCCCUUCUUCGGUGAGUUAUUUGGAGCCUUCAAGGUGAUGAAAAAACCAAUGUGGAUGUUGUUGAUCACAACAUCCUUGAACUGGAUUGCGUGGUUCCCUUUCCUUUUAUUCGAUACUGACUGGAUGGGUCGUGAAGUAUACGGUGGAAGCUCAGAGGGAGAUGACAACAUGAAGAGACUUUACAACCAAGGAGUUACAGUUGGUGCGUUGGGAUUGAUGCUUAACUCAAUCGUUCUUGGAUUCUUUUCGCUUGGUAUUGAAGGUAUUAGCAGGAAAAUUGGAGCCAAAAGGCUUUGGGGAGCUGUGAAUAUCAUCCUCGCCGUGUGUUUGGCAAUGACGGUUUUGGUUUCUAAAAAGGCGGAGGAGCACCGGAAAACUGCCGGUGCCUUGGCCCUUCCCACCGAUAGCAUCAAAGGUGGAGCAUUGGCUCUCUUUGCUAUUCUUGGAAUUCCUCUUGCUAUUACUUUCAGUAUUCCAUUCGCCCUAGCUUCCAUAAUCUCAAGCAGCACCGGGGCCGGCCAAGGACUUUCUCUAGGAGUAUUAAAUAUGGCAAUCGUGAUACCACAAAUGAUUGUAUCGUUUGGAGCUGGUCCUGUUGAUGCAUUAUUUGGAGGUGGAAACUUACCAGGAUUUGUGGUCGGAGCAAUUGCAGCGGCUAUUAGCAGUGUUGUAGCAUUUACUGUUUUACCUUAAGUGGUGUUUGUUUUAUUUGUUAUGUGUAUGCACAUGCAUGUCUAAUACUGAUGUAACAUGUUGCAUAUUUGUAUGCAAUAUAUAAAUAUAUAUUUUCUGAUCAUGUUUUCCAUAUUUUGCUCCUAAUUAAUCAUAUUCAUCUGUUUUUCU